AUGGUCAACUGGCAAGAGUCGCAGGCGAACUUCCGCCUUAUUGCCGCCAUAUACGCAGGCAAUCCUGGAAUAAAGAUCGACAUAACCACAACCGCGCUCGCCUACGGCUUGGGKGCUACGGACCGUUCAAUCCAUAAUCAGCUCUACAAAUGCCGUCAGUUGGCCGACCAGCUCAGAGAAGAAGUUGAACGAAGUGGCCUGGAGAAGCCACCUCGGGGUUCGGAAAAUGACGCUAACACACCUAAAACCCCUCGAACAACGAGAGUCAAAUCAAGUGGUGUCGGCAAGUCUGGUGGUGGUUCGUCCCGUGUUCGCGGUUCUGCGGCGUCCAGGGCGGCAAAGAAGAAGAACAUUGAUACAACGCCCACCAAGGUCGGGAAAGGAACAUUCACUGCCGAGGGGCUCUCCAUGAUCGACGCAAUUGCGGUGGAUAGCCAUGACGAAGACGAGAGCAUCAUCAGCCUCACCAAAUCCGAGACGAUAUCAAUAGCCGACGAUAUCAAGAAAGAAGAGUUCAAGCAAGAAGUCAAUUUGAUGACUCCCGAACCCAAGCUAGUGGGCAUUGAGAAGUUUGGUCAGCGCGCUGUGGCUCCUCGUGUUGAUAGUCUGACAAAUGGAUAUACCUUGGGAUCCGGAGUCCAAUCUCCUGCUAUAAACGCGGAUGAGUUCAGUAUCAAUGAGAUCUUCGAUGCUAUUCAUUGA